AUAAAAGAAAUGUCAUUAGUGGGCACAAAGCGAGCCAAGACCUCCUCUGAUGAAGAGUACGAGCUCGAGAGUAGGCAGAACGCCACCAGCAGCAGAGAGAGAGCCCGCAAACACAGACAACGUAAGAAGGAGUACUACCAAAGACUCGAGAAGAGGAACUUAGAACUCCAAGAACAGGUUGACCAACUCAGAUGAGAAAUUGCUAAACUCAAGCAGGACAGAGAGGACCAGGAGCAAGAAGAGUUCGGACGGACUUCAGAACAUGUCCAGGUUCAACAGAACUUAAAGAAUUUUGAAGAGGUCAAGUUGCCAGAGAUCAGCAAGCUUCUAAACCUCAUUAAUGGUACCACGAAUUCUGAAAACAGCCUCAUUAACGAGAAUAAGCCGGAAAACGGUCUAUGAACCCGCAAAGAGGAUUCUAAUGAAUAUUUACCAGGGAUAAAUGUGGAAAAGAUACCGAUUCUGAGGAAGCAUUUUCAGGAGAUACUAGAUAAUAUCCUUACAGUUGAAGGCCAGAUCGCAAUCGUUGUAUUUGACAAUGUCUCGAUCAGCAAAUUCAUCAAGAUUGCUAACUCUGAGCGCAAGAAGUUCAUGAAAAGGAAGGAAGAAGACCCAGUUAUGAAACAGAUUCUAGAAACUAAGAUUUCUAAACGUUUGAUCAAUUUUGUGAGAGAGCAUGGUAAAGAUUACAUGAAGAUCCUCCAAGACAUCAGAAAAGCCGUAAGGAAGUUAGUAUAUGUCAGGAACAAAAUCUUUUUCCUUAAGAAUAAGAUCAAAGAGUUAGAGUCUAAGGCAAAUUUCUCAAAUAAUUUCCCCCUGAGUUUGGAAGACCAGACUAAAAUUCUAAAGGCGAUGUCUGAUCUUAAGAAGAAAGGCGUCCUUGAUUACAUGUCUUUAUGGCAUAUUCCUAAGAGAGAUCCGCAUAAAGAGUUUGGAUCGGAUAUUGAGAUCUCUGAUCCUGAAAAUGCUUAAAGAGGUGACAAGCCCUUGCCAGUGCUCUUCGUGGUGCCUGGUUUUAAGCUUCUUACAGAAGACUGUAAUGCACUUCUAAUAAUCAUAGAUCAAGGGCUUAUUAUUUUCAAUCUUGGAAUUAUGAUUGG